UCUUAGGGCAACAGCAAGUAAUUUUAGCGCUGUGGUACAACUUAGGUUGGGAGAGGUUUAGAGAAAAAAACUGGCAACUCCUUUCGUCAUGGAUAUUCAAUCUGCCAUAUCAAGGUUGAAUGCUUACACUAACAUGCCAACUCCAAUGAGGCUUCGAGACUUAAUUCGGCAGAUACGUGCUGCUCGAACUGCUGCUGAUGAACGAGCUGUUGUGCAAAAAGAGUGUGCAUACAUACGCUCUUUGUUCCGAGAAGAGGAUAAUACUUGGAGAUGUAGAAAUGUUGCAAAAUUAUUGUACAUACACAUGCUUGGGUAUCAAGCACAUUUUGGGCAGCUAGAGUGUUUAAAACUUAUUGCUUCGCCAAGAUUUACUGAUAAAAGAAUUGGAUAUUUAGGCUCUAUGUUGCUAUUAGAUGAAAGACAAGAUGUUCACUUGCUCAUUACAAAUUCCCUUAAAAACGAUUUGAAUAGCAAUACUCAGUUUGUCAUUGGUUUAGCACUGUGUACUCUUGGUGUGAUAUGCUCUCCUGAAAUGAGUCGAGAUUUAGCUGGUGAAGUAGAAAAAUUACUCAAAACUUCAAAUGCUUAUGUGAGAAAAAAGGCUGCACUUUGUGCUUUUCGAAUUAUAAAGAAAGUUCCUGAAUUAAUGGAAAUGUUUAUUCCUGCCACAAGAUCUCUUCUUACUGAAAAAAAUCAUGGUAAUAUUGGUAUUGAACACAAUCACGGUGUUCUUAUUACUGCUGUUGUACUUUUAACUGAAAUGUGUGAAAAGAGUCCAGAUGCUUUACAUCAUUUUAAAAAGUUGGUUUCAAAUUUAGUGCGGAUCCUUAAAAAUUUGAUAAUGUCAGGAUAUUCUCCUGAACACGAUGUGUGUGGUGUUAGUGAUCCUUUUCUGCAGGUGAAAAUUUUAAGGUUGCUGAGAUUACUAGGCAAAAAUGAUCCAGAUGCAAGUGAAUCCAUGAAUGAUAUUCUUGCCCAAGUUGCAACAAAUACAGAGACAAGUAAGAAUGUAGGAAAUGCUAUUCUGUAUGAAACAGUUCUUUCUAUUAUGGAUAUUAAAUCAGAAAGUGGACUCAGAGUCCUUGGUGUAAAUAUACUGGGAAGGUUUUUAUUAAAUACCGACAAAAAUAUUAGAUAUGUUGCCCUAAACACAUUGUUAUGCACUGUACAAGCUGAUUAUAAUGCAGUGCAGCGUCAUCGGAGUACAAUUGUAGAAUGCCUAAAGGAUCCAGAUGUAUCAAUUAGAAAGAGGGCUAUGGAACUUUGCUUUGCUCUUGUCAAUGCAAGUAACAUAAGAUCCAUGACAAAAGAACUCCUGAUAUUUUUGGAGAAAGCUGAUCCUGAAUUCAAAUCCCAGUGUUCUUCAAAUCUCUUUAUAUCUGCUGAAAUGUAUGCACCAUCAAAGCGCUGGCAUAUUGAUACAAUGAUAAAAGUAUUAACCUUAGCAGGAAAUUAUGUCAUAGAUGAUGUAGUGGGAAAUCUUAUUCAACUUAUAUCUGAAUCGUCGUCACUUCAUACUUAUACCGUUCAACAAUUAUGGAAACAGUUAACUGGUGAUCUUGCUACAAAACAGCCAUUAGUACAAGUUGCUGCAUGGUGCAUAGGUGAAUUUGGUGAUCUUCUAAAUUCUUCAGAAGGUCAAGAUGCAUCUCCUGUAAACGUUACUCCUGAUGAAACAUUAGAUCUUUUCGAGAAGGUGACUGUAAAUAUUCAUAUGACGCUCACGACUAAAGAAUAUUCAGUCACUGCUCUAAUGAAACUUAGUGUUCGCUUUCCUGAUCUAGCACCGCGCAUUAAAAGAUUUCUAGAUAUUUUUGGGACAAAUGUUAAUGUUGAAUUACAACAACGAGCAAUAGAAUUUUCUUCAUUAUUCCGAAAAUUCAAUCAUUUAAGGCCUAGUCUUUUAGAACGUAUGCCAGCGAUGGAGAAUAAAAAUUCUAGAGAAACUGUAGUGCAAAAUGGAGAAGUUGGAGAAGACGAGUUAAGUACUAUAAAGGAUGACAAAGAAAAUAAAAAUAUAGAGGAUUCAAGUGUACUUCUGGACCUCCUUUCUAGUACAUCUGAAACUAACUGUCAGCCUGAAGUUUCACAUACAGAGGAAAAAUCUACUUCAGGAGAACCUAACUUACUUGAUCUCCUUGGUGGUUUGGAACUCAAUGAUCAGAAUCAAACUUUUUUGCCAGGUACUUUGCCGUCUUCUACGCAAAAUAUACUGUUAGAAAGAUAUUUGACGUCUCAACCUGAACCAGAAGGCAUUCCACCUGUUACGGCUUUUGAAAAGAAUGGUCUAAGAAUAGUUUUCGAAUUUGAAAAGCCUCCUGAUAAUCCUGAGAUGAUUAUUAUUAAUCUUGUUGCUACAAAUCUUUCUGUAUCGCCUAUAAAUGAUUUUCUAUUACAAGCUGCAGUUCCAAAGGUAUGUCAACUUCAACUACUUCCACCAUCAAACAACUAUAUACCUGCCAAUAAUUUGGGUAAAAUACAACAAACGCUCAAAAUUUUAAAUCCUAGUAAGAGUCAACUGAGAAUGAAAUUAAGGAUAUCUUAUGUUUCUAAUGGAAAGAAUUUUUUAGAACAAGCAGAAGUUAAUAAUAUACCGCAAGCAGUAUAUAUGUAAAAUACUGGUUUUUAUUACAUUGCAAAAUAUAUUAAUCGAAAAACAGGUUUUCUGGGCUCCCAAGCUACAGGCAUGAGGUUGCAUUGGGAUGUGCAUGAAUAAAUUCUAUAAUAUUUGCUGCUGUAAAGGACGAUGUAUAUCUACACGGGAACAGCAAAGGAGACUGAAUAUUUGCUGGUGUUCUGAAUUAAAAUUAGUUAUGAAGAGAAACAGUAUUUAGGAGCUUUUAAAACUAUAUUUUGCACUUGAUCAUUCCAUUGUAACAAAUAGUUGUACAGUAUAAUUUUUAAAUUUAAAAAACAAAUUCAUCUAUAUUAUAUAUAUACAUAUAUAUAUUUAUAUUUUCUUUUUCAAUCCGGUCCAUGGUUGGAACAUAGGGGACUUUUUCAUACUUUUUGUAAUAUCGAAAUGUGAUACUCCUUCUUACCAUUUCCAACUAUGGCUGCUGAAAACACAUAUUUGACUCAUGUUGGAUUUUUAUCUAAAUUCAUUUUCCUAUUAAAAUUUGCUUCUAGAAAGUAGUUCUCUUUGUUUCAUAAUUUACUUUUACGUAUUAAUGAACAGUUUUUCUUUUCACCAAAUUGUUUCUAACUUAAUAAACUUUGAUAUAUAUAUAUAUAUAUUUUUUUUUUCAGUAGAGUUUUUUGAAUUUUUUGCAAAUGUAUUAAUUUGACUUCUUGAAAAAAUUGUAUGUAUAGUGUGUAAAAAUUGUUAAAAAUCUACAUUUUGGAAAUUGGCAAUGUAUGAAAUCCUCAAUUUCAGCAUGCAUUAAUAUUAAUGCAAAAUUCCGUUGUUCAAUGUACACAAUCAUUCAUUUACCUCAGUGUUGUUUUUGGAAUUCAAAAUGCAAUAUUUUCCACAAAUAGAUAUAUUUUAAUAUAGAGAGAUCAUUGUUUUACUUAUUGGGUUUAAUACGCUGCUGUGUUUAUAUUAGUUCAGAUUGUUUGUUAAAGAUCAUACUAGUGUUUUUCGGUCUGAGAAUUAUUUUAUUUCUUAAUAUUUCAUCAAGCGCUAUGUUAUGUUGUUUUAUGAUUUUCUGAAUCUUUUUACUAUAUGCAUUAAAAUAAAAUUUUACGAAAUCAUUAAUUGUUUCCAAUUUUCCUGCUACUCUUGAAAUGUUAACUUUCAGACUUUCAUGCUAUUUUUUAACAUUAUAAAUGUUGCAAUUAAUGCAAAAUAAAAAGGUAAAAUUAAAGUAAAACAGAAAUGCAUUUGCUGCAUUUUGUACCGACUUAUCCAUUCUUAUGUAUUCUAGCUUUCAAAGCUCCUGCCAUAUUUUUGUUAUUUGGUGACUUGCAUUAAUUAAAAAUUUCUUAAAGGCAGUCUGUUAGUUUUAACUGCUAUGUUUUUUUAAAUGAGAUAUAGAAAGUAUAUAGUUCAAUGCAAUUUGGAAUUAAACAAAAUCUUUAAACUUUGCAAUAAUAUUCUUAUUUAAUUUAUAUAUUCUUUUAAUUGUUAUUUAUCAAAUUCAAAUGUGAAAAAAAAUUAUUAAUGUAUUUUCGGUGGGUUUUUCAGUUGCAAACUAAUUUCUGGGAAGUUGAGCGAAAAGGAAGAAUCUUGAUUUGUAUUAUUUGCCUAUCUGUUGGUUUUUCGAAGUGUACCUUUUUUUUUUAUUGAUAUUUUCUGGUAUAAUAAAACAUGUAUAGAUUAUAUCUUACUUCUUAAAAACGUAUUCAAUUUUUUGCCUAAUAAAAGUUUAUUCAUCAAGUAAUUCUAAACUCAAGUUUCCACUUUUUUUUAAAAAAAUUUUAUAUCAUUAAGGUUUAAGGGCAAGUGGUGCGAUUUUCACAUUAUUUUCAUUUACUAAUGGCAGUAUGCCUUAUUUGUUCAUACUUGUAUGAAAGUGCUGAAAGUGUUAAAUGUGCAUACUAGUAAUUAUAUGGGCAAGUAAGUUCAGUAACUUCAUAUAAGGCAACCAUUCUGCCGGAAAGUAUUACAAUAUACGUAUUGUGCACAUGGGCUCACACCAUCAUCAUUUUUGUGAGGUUUUAGAAAUGUCACACAUAUUCUGUACCUAAGACAAUUUGUGCAACUCCUUGUCGAGUACAUAAUGUUGAACAGAAAUUUCGUUUUUACAUUCUCUUUAAGACAUGCAAACAUAUUUCAUUAUUUUACUUCUCAAGUGUAAUGGAUGAGUCAUAAAUGAUUCCUUGCUCUCAUUUGAGUAUUUAAAGAAUACUAGUGUGCUCCUGCAAAUAAGGUGUGUGAGAAUUAUUUUUCUUCUAGAUGUAUGUGAAAAUUGCUCAUUUCUCUCUGAAGAUGAAAUAUUUUCUCCCGUGAGGCGCUUCUCAGUAAUAUUAUAGUUAAUAGCAAAUUCUUCAUUAACAUCAUGAUGCCACAACUCAUAUAUAUUGAACUGUAAAUUAAAAACUGUACAAAAUAAAUAUUGUUAUUUCUUAGAUGCUGCGAUCAGAUUUGCAUUGCAGUAAGAUAUGUAAUUAAAUAAUUUCUUAUAUCUAAUAGACUUCAUUUUUUUAAUUGUGACAAUUAAAGCACAUGAUAAAAGUACUUUUAUCUGUAGGAAUUAUUGUUCUUUCCUUAAGCGUUAUUACAAAUUCAUUUUUUUAAAGAUUAAAUUAGUAUUUUAUUUAUGUUUACAGAAGUGACAUAUUUAAUAAGGAAUUGUGAAGAAGAAUAGGGACAUUUUGUUUUUACCUUCUUUUUUCUUCCUGUUUUUACCUUCUUUUUAAAAAUCAAGAAUGUGCUCUUUUGUUUCGCUCCUGGUUUCAUAGUUAAAAUUGUUUUCAAAAUUAGCUAACGUACUUAACACCAGAGGUAUCUCAUUUUUUUCCUUCUUGGAAAUAUUGGCAGGAACAAUAACCAGUGUGGAAUAAAAGUAAAAUAAAUAAACUACUAAAUAUUUUCUUAGGAAUAUGUAUUGUUUCUUUUAGUUCCCUCUAACUGAUGCAGGAAUACAAGAGUUUUAAUGAAGUCGUAUUGUGAUUAUAUAUGGAAAUAUAUCACAAAAAGUAAAGUAUAUUUGUUAAUGCUGGGAAAUUAUUAGUGGCAUAAAUUUUUUUGGGAUAUUAGUAGGAUAUGAAUGGGUUGUUAACAAAUGAUCAGUUAGUACAAAAUAAAGAUGUUUUAUGAUUAUAUAGAAAGUUACAUUGCAAAAAUAUAUUUGAUAAUAUAGGAAGAAUGUUAUUUCUGCCAAGUGAUUUUAAAUAAAUUUUAUUAGAUAUGAUUUGUUAAUUCAAAAUAAGGAAUUCCAAUGCAUUGAGAAGUUGUACAAAGAAAAGACCACUAUGUACUCAUUUAUUUUAGUACAUGCAAUGUACUAAAUAAUUGAUAAAAUGAAAAAUGCAAUUAAUAAUAUUUCUCAAAUGCUGUUACAUUUGUAAUUUCUGAUUUAAAUUCUUAAAGUGCAUUGUUUUAUGUUCGUGAUAAAAAUAUCUGUAAAAUUUAAUUUGAGUGAUUCAACUAAAUUGUCAGAUGCACAAAAACUUUUUUCGUAUUUGCAUCCAAAAUAUGUUACGAAGGGAUAAAAUGCUAAUAUUAUUAAAAAGAAGUUAGAAAGUUAUAUUUAAGUAUUAAGUUGUAUUCCUAACAAGUUCGCUUGUUUAUUUAUGAACGAUUUAAUUUGAAGUAUUAUUUCAGAAUUUGCAUGGAUUUGUGUUUUUUUAGUGGUAAUCAGUUUGCAUGGUAAUCAGUUUUAUAGUGUCUAUUGUUUGAUGCGAUUCUGAAAAUUAAAAAUCCUUAAUAGUGAUUAGAUACAAGUAAUUCUGACACCUUAAAUAAUGGACUAAAAUAUGUAAUGAUGCAUUUAAAGAAACGUCAAAUCCUUUCCUCUAUUAAAUUUCAUUUUCUUAUUAAUUUAAAACCAUCGUAAAUUUAAUUAGCUUUAAUUUGGGAUAAGAAAUCUUUGACUUAGAAAACUGAUUCUUGCUUCUUAAUAACUAAGUAAAUAGUGUUCUGUGAAACUACAUUUAUAAAAUUGAGUCUUAACUCUUUAUGUCCUAUGUGCAUUGGGAUUAUUGCUCUUUAAACUUAUAAGCUGAAAUUAAAUCUUUAAAAAAAGCUAUUAUUCAAUGCAAAGUUUACACUUGAUCCACAAAGACGCUAUAAUCAAUACAAAAGUUACACAUAAUUCACCUCAAGUAUUCUACGGAUUCCUGAUUGAAUCUGCAGGAUUACAUAUUGCGAAAAUUGGAGGUAUUUAUUCCGAUAGAAGAGAAAAUAAAAUAUCUAAUGUGUUAAUAUAAUAUUCUUCAUGCUAAAGAUGCUAUGUAAAAAGAAUUUAAAAUUUUAUAGCAAUGUUAGUGACCCAUUUAAUGGUAUAUGUAAAGGAAUGCACGCUGGAGUUUAAAAAUUUUUUAACCUUUCUGAAGUUUAUGUAAAUAUACGUGAGUUCCAUUAUAGUAAGAUCAUUUUUUCGGUAGUGGUGAGCGGCAAACAAGCAAUACAAUACUUAAUUUGUUUAAAAUCAUUUUAUUUUCUUCAAUAAAAUGUGUUGUUUUAUGCAUACGGAUAAAUCUUAUCGCAGUAACACUGAUCUCAUGUCUAGUGAAAUAUUUAGUAUGACACUUGAACGGAAUUGAAUAGAAAUGAAAUGAAUGUGAAACUGAUUAUGUCUAAUGAAUCAAUAAGAAAAAAGAAUGUAUAUAUUGUUGACUGUACUUGUAAAAAUUAUGAUCACAUGUAUAAAUAAUAUCUAUAUAAGACUUAAGGAUUUAAAAAAAAAAAAAAACAAGAAUUGGAAAAUUCGUAUAAAUUACAUUUUUUUAAACAACCUUAUUUUUUUUAUAUUUUGACAGAAUGCUCGGUUAUAAUAUGUAGUUUGUGUAUAAUUUCACUGCACCUUAAUAUUAACAUUGUUUAAUUGUAAGCUAGUUAUCCAAGAUGCAGAAACCAUCAUUGAUAUUUAAGUAAUUUUCAAUUUAUUUUUCAUUAGGUUUUGAAAUCUUUAAAUUUUUCUGAAUAUUUGCUGAUCAGCACUUGCUGAGUUUGGAACUUAGAGCCUUUAUACAUAAGUCCAUCCUUUUAAAAUUCUAGACUAACUGUUGUGUUAUAACAGGUUUUAUUUGUUUCUUAUACUUGAUAAGAUUGUUUAUCUCCCCUAUACUUUUUCAAGUGCAUUCUUGUAAAACCUGAGAAUUAAUAUUUCUAAAUUUUCUGUGAUUGUGUUGAUUAGAAUAAUUAAACUGUUAUUUGAUGUAAAGGAAUAUAUAUUUAUUCGUAAAUGUAAUUAUCUCAAUAUAUUUGUUCUCACAUUUAUUAACGAAGAAAACCAUAACUUGUAUUAAUUAGCACUUUUACAUAUAAUUUUUAUUGUGGAACAUCAGUUGUAGAUGAAUUUUUUAUUUACUAGUGUGUGUUUGAUUUCAUUUCUCUAAUCUUUAGAUUGCAGUUGAAAUGUUGAAAAUGUCGUACUUCUGCACUGGUUUCUAAAAUAUAGGCGCAAUAGACAUCUUUGUGCAAAAUGAUUUUUUCUGUGUUCUUUCCUAUUAUGAUAGUUCAUUUAGUUAGAACAAAAAUUCUCCAUUCUAAUUUAAAUUCACAUUUCUUCUAUUGUAAAAAGGAAUUUUCUAUAUUCCCUCUUUCCUCUUGGUUUAUGGUAUUUUUUUUUUAUAUGAAAGGAAGAUUAAUAAAAGAUCCGAUUAUUUUUGUGGAAUCUACAUUGUUUUGUGAUACGUGCGCCACUGUGCAAUUUCCUUUCAUUUUUCUAAGAUGUAAUGAAAUUUUUUUGUGCAUGUUUAAUAACACAUUGUUAUGGUUGUGUAAAAUAUGUUCAACUGCAUCUUCCUUAAUUUAAAAUUCAGCAUUAAAGCAGUUUAAAUAUUAUGAUCUGUGCAAAGUACAAGGGAUUCUAUGGUAUAUACAACACAUUUAUAACAUACAAAAAUAAUGUGAAGCAUUUAUUGAUAUUUAUUGUAAUUCAUUUAUAUAAUACAGACAAGAUUCCCACUUUCAUUAUUGCAGCUCUGCUAAUGAAAUCCUAAAAGAUCAAAUAGAUUUCUUUUUUUGCAAAUAUUUAAAAUAAAUAUAUUGUAAUGUUUAAAUUUUGAUAAAUUUCUGUUGACAAUGUUUUAACAUCGCUUGAACUAUAAAUACUGAAUGGAUGAACUAAUCAUUUAACUGAAAGUCUUGAUUGGUAAAUUGUGGAUAAUUCAGAACUGAUGUAAAUUCGCAAUAACUUGAGUUUUUGUCUCUAUGGAACUAAAUGCCUUGUUUUAUGAUAGGAAUGUGUGCAUUAAAGUCGCCUUGAAUCUAUGUUCAUUCGUUUACAAAUUAUAUCUCCGGUUUUUAUUUAUUUAUUUUAUUCAUUUUUACGAGUUUAAUUUUUUUUAGAAGUCAGGAUAAGGACCUAUAAGUUUGUUAAAGUUACUGCCCAAAACAUCUUAUCUAUGCCCUAAAGAAAUUCCACUUUUUUCCGCAAUAAUCUAUAAUAAUUCGAGCUAUGACCAAAGUAGCCAUGUCCUUCUAGCAAAGUUUGCUGCAAAUUCUUUUUGUUUGUUUUUUAAAUGCAUACAUUUUGCAUGAAAUAUUUUUAUUGCAAGCCAUGUAUAACAAUUUAUUGUUAUUGUUCCUUGUUGAAAGAUUAUGUAUAGAAUUUUACAGAAUUCGAGUGAAUGGAUUGUUAUCUAAAGUUUUGCUUGUGUAUUUUCAUUUUACUAAAUGAAAUUGAUCUAGCGAUAAUUAAGAUUGAGAACUAGAUCUGCAUUUACUUCUAACUGACGAGAGUAGCAUAGUGUAUCAUUUAUAAAUGGUGCUCAUAACUAAAUAAGGAAACCUAAUUUUUUUUUUUCACUUAUUGAAAAGAAUCUGAACGAGUAAAUUACUGUUACAUUUUUAUUUAUUGUAUAUAUUCUAAUAUUUAAAUACUAAUUUCAUGAAUGAGGUGUAGAAAUGCCAAAUAAUUAAAUUAUAGGUGUUUUUUUAAAUAUAUUUCUACGAAAUAUAAAGUAAAAGGCACUGUUAGUUGUUUUCAGUGACAAUCGUUUCUGUGGAGUAUCAUAUUUGUUGUGGUCCUUCUGAAUCUAAGUGCCUAACUUUGUAAGUCAGCAUCAUAUAAAUACAGUCUUAAGCUUGAUGGUGAUACUGCAACAUAAAUACAGCUUGCUGUCGUAUUUAUUGGAGAGAAACGUCAAUGAUGGAGUUGAAUUCUAAAGAAUGUGAGUUGUAGAAUACAUGUAACACUUUUUGCAAUAAAGUUGUCAAUCUUUCUC